AUGUACGGCAUUACGGACGCCUCCACCGCUGGUAACACGGUUCAGAUUUGCCCCUGGCUAGGCAACACAGCGGCGCAGAAGACUGCGAACCGAAAACCACAGGACAAGAUCAAACAGAAAACGCCACCGGGGCAAGGGCUCUAUAUAGGGAACUCCACUACACACUCAAAAACCGAGGCAAGGGAAGACCUACCCACGCCAGACACUGCCCCUCAGAAGACUCUCCUAGCCAAGGACACCCACGCAGCCAGCAAGUCAAGAGAUACACGGAGGACCACGGGCCUGAGACGACACACCACAAAAGCCGAGACGCGGUUGCACAAAGAAGACAAACACAAAGCCAGCACUCACACACUGGUCGUCCUUGAAGGCCAGCUGUUCAACUACCACAAGCAACGAACACCUCCCGCGGGCGGCCACCACUACCUCACCGACGCAUCUGAAAUCCUUUCAGCGAAUGGAAUAAGACUUAGAUCCCGAUUGCAUAGACGUUGGCCAGUAAUACUGCACGUCCUGAGCUAUUCACGGCUUAUGCGCCGCGACCCCAGAACUACUGCGCUUCCGAUGCGUUUCCUGCCUGUACCUUACACUGGACGAUCCACUUCUGCAGCAGCAGUUACAGCCGCUGAUUUAUUGAGCUCGCGUUGGGGCACACGAGGACAUCACACAUCCGGCAGCAGCACGGACCGUUAUCGACACUUGUUAGCGGGGGAGGACGCGCGCACCGCGAUGCACGCCACCACCAUAAUGGUAUGCUCUUUUUCGCUCUCUGCCGAGGAUGGCGCCACCUGGAGUGCCGUCCACCAGCCGGAGGAUUGGCGGCAUCACGGGCUUGUGUCUCCGGAGCGCAUCCCGUCCGACGGCAGCGAGCCGACAAAGCUUCAUCCGGACACCGAUGGACGCAGCAGCAGCACCUGCACCACCACCACCACCACCACUACCACCAGCACGAGCAGCUGGAAGCAAGUUCCGGCGCACGUGAUGAAGAGAGUGAUUCGAGCAGCGCGAAGCGGUUAUCUUCUCCGGAACCUCCUCGCCACAAAGCUCUCGCGGGGGCAAAGCGGGAUCAGCAAGUGUACCUCCGCCGCGCAGACGACCGUCGACCUGCUCGACCUGAGCGACUUGGAAGGCGAACUCACAGUGGGCGGCGACGAUCCGGUCGCCAUCAUCCGGGCCGCAUCGACGACGAAAGGUAGACGACAAGAUUUGCCCCAACUUUACGAACCCGCUGAAACAGACAUUGGUGCAGCACGAAAAUGCGAAACGGCAAGAGUUGGUGCAGCAAAAGCAACAAAAGUAGCAGUCGGGAAGAAGGGAAAGAUGCCGCCACCGGCAACAAUGUUAUUAUCGUCGCCGAAGUCGACAGGACAAUUUCCCUCGCUGGCCACAAUUCAUGAGGAACAGCGAUCAAGGCCGCGGAAUGAGGGCGCCAAGACAGGCAGCGGCUGGUUAUCAUGGAGCCGCAAGUGCGACAUGUCGUGGUUGUAUGCGCCUUGCAGCGGUGGCUGUGGCAGCGGCGGCGGUACUGGUAGUUAUAGUGAUAUUAGGAAUAGUACUAGCAAAGUGAAUUCGCCUGUUGGUGUCCAAGGCCUUAGCCUUGCUGCUGAUUGCAAACCACCAAUCAACCCCUCAACAACAACAACAACAGCAGCAGCUGCUGCUGCAACCUGCUCUGGUGUCAUGUUCAAUACCUCAUCAGCCGCUUUAGAGUUUUCAGUUCGCUCAGCAGCUCACAGUUUUAGCACCAUGCCUCUCAGUUUUGACCAUCAAGCCGGCGUUUCGCGGAUAACCAAGCCUUCGGGACCAGAAGUACGGCCCAUCGGUGUGGUGUGUGGUUGUUACAGUGGGCUCCAGACUCCCGAAGAGUAG